AUGUUCUCGCUAGCCAAGCGCGAAAAUGAUAUUCUCGCUUCGGUUACACAACAUCCUCACAACCUCAGAUUCCCCUCGGUUAGUCGCCCUCGUCUGUACUACCUAGGAGUACUUGAAGCGGGGUCAACAACCUCUCCUGACUUCGUCCCAUCCUGUCUCGACUCCUUCUAUACUCAGGAUCCUCCUUCCAUUUACGCAAAUAACAAGAAGCUAGAAUGCGGCGCGACCGGAAUCGGUCUCGCUGUCGCCCGGCAGCUGAUACUCGACGGUUGCCGCAAAAUCGCCCUAGUUGAUUUUGGGACCCUCAACCUGCUGAGGGCCCACAACUUCUUGGCAAACGAAGAUCGAAGGGGCGACAAGUCCCCUUUGGAAAUUGUUGAGAUCUCGACGCAAUGCAGUGUUGAAUCCGACGUCGAUAAUGCUAUAGCCGUUACCGUCGAUAUAUUUGGCAGAAUAGACAUCUGCUUCAACGCUGCAGGAAUGUAUGGACAAACUGAGAACCUUGACAAUAUGGAUUUCGAUGAGAUCAAUAUGGUUUUGGGGCUUCAAAUGAAGGGUAUGAUGCUUUGCGAGAAGGCGCAGAUCAGACAGUUUUUGAAGCAGGAGAGGCGGGACGUUAGGUCGGUGCCAGAAGUUGCCAGUAGUUACGAAUACGGCACUGUAGUUGCUGACUGCCGAGACAGAACCGGGUUGCCUCCUAUGACAAGAGGUAGUAUUGUCAACGUCGGCUCACUGUCAAGCAACACCAAGGUCCGGGCUAUAUUGCCCUACGUCAAUCCCAAGCACGGCGUUCUGGCCCUCACGAAAGCCGAUGCUGUGCAGUAUGCCAAGCACGGCAUUCGAGUAAAUUGCAUAUGUCCGGCCUGGAUCUCGACCAAUAUGCCAAUGUUAUAUGACGGCGGUCCUCCUCCUCCUCCUGUUGGAUCACAAGCGAUCAUGCGAGCACCGAUGGGAAGAUGGGGACGACCUGAAGAAGUAGCGUACAUGGUCUGCUUUCUUUUGAGUGACAAGGCCAGUUUUAUUACUGGCACUUCGAUUGAUGUUGAUGGAGGAUUUGGCGCUCUUUGA